CGAAUUCAUUAUAUAGACGUAUGGCGUUGUAAAACAUUAAUAAUGUGAAGAAUUUAUAUAUUAUAUACAUUUGUCAUGGACCGCCAUGCCAGGAUUUUAAUAAUUGUAAUCGAGUUUGGUAUUUUUCUUCGAGACAUAACCCUCAAAUUGUAUUGAAAAGCUUGCGUGUUUAACAAUUUCGCGAUGGAUUGGUUCAUACGAAUGAGUGUUAGCAACGUGAUUGUGUUAAAUUUAGUCAUUUUAGUGGGUUCGACGUUGCCGGACUGUGCUGAACAUUGUCAAUGUCGAUAUGUGGAAGAUGAUAACCUCAAAAUUGUGAUGGAGUGUAAACUGGUAAAUACCAUCAGCGCCAUUCCAGUCCUGUCAUCGACGGAGAUGAUGAAAAACGUGGAAGAGCUGAUGAUUGAGGAUCAAGCUGAUCUCUCAGAAUUGACUAAUGCCUCGCUACAGUUUUACCCGAACCUACAGAAAUUGACGAUAGAAAAUUCUGGUCUGAAGUUUAUAUCACCACAGGCUCUAAAAAGGAACAAAGAACUCAGGAUCAUAUCACUCAGGAAAAACAAGAUCGAAUCCCUGUCCUGGGAGAUUAUUGAUGGGCCACAUGUCCUUCAGCUGAUUGUGGAUGGCAAUCGUCUGCCUUGUAAUUGUACAAGUAUCUGGCUAAAAUUCCUCCUUAAUAUUAAAUCUGCCUUGGUGUCCACUGGCAACUACAUCACGUGUAUCGCGAAAAGAGACAACGAGACGAUAGAAAUGGACCUCUCCACGGCUAACAUCACAGGUUGUGAUCGGCCGAGAGUGGAAAUAUCUAAAACGCUCAGCAUUGUCAACACGACUGGUUCUGUACACGUGACGUGUCGAGGUGAAGGUCAGCCUCCACCAAUCGUGGAGUGGGAUGUGUCACGAUUGAAAUCAAAUUACUCUCUUCAGUCGGCGGAAGAUGGACAAGUCCAGAACCUGACCAUUCUGUCCGCAAAUCCAUUGGACAGUGGGGGCAUACCCUGUAGUUCACGAAAUGUGGCCGGAAAAGUUGUGGCCGAGAUGAGAUUCAAGGUCAAUUCUGCUCCAAACAUUACCAAACUUACUCAACCAAAGCCAAAUUUUUAUUAUUGUAUAAAAUAUGAAAUAAUAGGAUAUCCAAGACCGGAAGUGAAAUGGUAUCACGGAGAAAAAGAACUCGUUAUGACAAACAACAGGUUUGAUGAUAAUGAAAAUAUGAACAGUAUAAACAACAUAACUGGAUGUCUAACAUUUACGAUGAAAGCUCCAAAAAACAACGGACGAUAUACCUUGGUAGCUACUAAUGAAUUCGGAACAGAUUCACGGUACAUCGAUGCCGACUUCCGGUUUGGAGGAGGUAAAAGUGGCGGUACGUACAAAGGAGGUAUUCCGCCGUUUAAUAUGAAGCCACCACAGACCAACAGUUACAAUGAGAAGGAGACUAGGAGUGGGCCUCAGCUGGAAACGGCCAGCAAUGACACGCUCAUAAUUUACAUUGGAACGGGUUCUGCGUUGCUAGCGGUGUCUGUUCUUGUUGUUAUCGUUGUAUUUAUCAUACGUAACUUCCGGCGGAAAUUGGCUCGACAGACAACGGAAACUCAGUUCGCAUCUAAUGGAUCGCGCCGUCCCCUGCUGCAGACAACUAAUCAGAGCUACCAACACACACGGGUGGUUGCACAGGAGUCUAUGCCAAUUCGUGCACAUACUGUAGUAGAAAAUCCUCAUUACGCCCAAAAGAACGUGAGGCUCAAAAACGAAUCAUCCAUUCGACAUAUACGCCUUGAUAAUUUAACGUUUCUACAUGAACUUGGUGAGGGCGCAUUCGGACGAGUGUUUCUUGGUACCUGUCUCAAUCUGACCGCAGACGCCGAAGUGACCACGGUAGCUAUUAAGACACUCAAAGAUACGUCAGUUGAGGAUUGCAAGGCCAACUUUGACCGCGAGGCAGAGUUGCUGACUAACAUUUUACACGAAAAUAUCGUCAUGUUUUACGGUGUUUGCUGCGAGCGAGAUAAUUUCAUGAUGAUAUUUGAGUACAUGGAAAAUGGAGAUUUAAACAAUUACCUCAGGAGUCACGGACCAGACGCAAAAUUAAUGUCAAAGCGAGCUGGCAGUAUAGACACCUUGUCCAAAACAGAACUACUUCACAUAUCUAACCAAAUAGCCACUGGAAUGGAAUAUCUAGCGUCACAACACUUUGUACACCGAGACCUAGCCACUCGAAACUGUCUGGUUGGCGACAAACUUGUUGUUAAAAUAGGAGACUUCGGAAUGUCUCGGGACGUAUACAGUACAGAUUAUUACAGGGUUGGCGGUUCAGCUAUGCUGCCAGUCCGGUGGAUGCCUCCAGAAUCUUUACUGUACAGAACGUUUACUGUGGAGUCAGACGUCUGGAGUUUUGGUGUUGUAUUAUGGGAAAUAUUUACAUAUGGGAGACAACCCUGGUAUGAACUCUCCAAUCAUGAGGUUAUCCGCCAUAUUACCGACGGGUGCCUGCUAGAGUGCCCUAGCUUGUGUACAGAUGAAGUAUACUCCAUCAUGCAGGGAUGUUGGGAGCGCCAACCUCACGAUCGCAUGUGUAUAAAAUACAUUAAAAAUAGACUUGACAAGCUAUGUAUAAGUCAGCCAACAUACCUCGACUUAAUAGCUUGAUAAGAAUAAACGAGAAAGCAGGAGGGGAGUUUACAGGAAGGAUGUGGAAUAAGACAUGGAACAAUAGGACCUAUGGUAUUUUGGAAGAGUGACAUUUUGAUGGACAACCUUCCCAUUAUUGCCUGUGGACUAAGAUAUAGUGGACCUCGUUUAUAUUGUUUUUGAUAACCUGGACAAAUCAUACACCCUAAUCAAUCAAUUUUUGUUGUUAUUUACAUGCUAUUAAAUGUGCAUGGACCAAACUGCAGAAUAAGCAUAGCAAAAAUAGAUUAAACAUUUGCGUACAUGGCAAGCAAGCUUUACUUACUUAAUGGUUAGGUCAGGUUCCAGCCAAAAUAUCUGGUCAAAGAAGAUAAUAAUAUAACAGACUUGUUAAUCGGUUUAUUUUGGUUUGUUUCUUCUUUUCGAAAAAAUGUUUUGAUUUAAAAGUAAAUUGUAACUGUCAUACUAAGGAACCAGAUAACUCCUUGUGACACUUUGAUUCUAUCACUUCUUUAUAUAAUUUCCUGUCUAUUUUAGGAACUCCAGCUAGUAUCCAGACUAACGAGGUUCAAACAGUUUAGUAUUUAAUAUAAUGGCUAGCAUAAUGAUGAUAGAAAAGUAAUUGUGAAGAAGUGUUAUUGCAUCAUUUGAUUCAUUCAGUUAUUUAAUUUGAAUCAUUCGUAUGUAAAAAAAACCUUUUAAAAAUAAUAAUGACGGAUAAGUUAUUGUGAGGAAAGGCUAUUACAUAGUUUGAUUCAUUCAAUUAUUAGUAAGUUUUUAAAAAUAAUGUUGAUGGGAAAAAUAUGAGGAAGUGAAAUUAAACGAUUUGAAUUAUAAAGAUAUUAAGUUUUAAAGAGUAAUGCUGACGGAUAAGGUAUUGUGAUGAAGUGUUAUUCCAUUAUCCCACGUUUGAAAGAUCCAAGCCUUUAUGAGACAGUAUAAGUAUUUAUUACAUACUUACUAAUAAAUACGGGUUUUUUGUAUAUGCGAUACGACACAAUUGCUCUAACC